UCCAACAUUGGGACGUUAACAAUCGCAAACGAAAAGAGAAAAUGUUAAAAAUUACUUUAAUCUUAUCCGUUAUGAUCAUAGCCACCCUUGUUUGGGCUGAUGAUCCGGAAGACUGCGGUGCCUGCGGUGACGUGUGCGCGCCGCUCUGUGGCAAGAAGAAAUUCAGGAUAUGCUGCAUUCAGAACAUGAGGAGGAAACGUGAUGCAGAAGCCGAUUUGGCUCCAGCUCCACGUGGCAACAUGGCUAUGGCAGAAGAAUGGGUUUUACCCUUAUGAUGGCCCGGCUAUACAUUUUACAUCUCAUAAUAAAUUAUGGACACAUA